CCUUUCCCGCGUCACUUGCUCGUAAACUCUCGCAAGGUUCGGAGAUUAAGACUCACCUCUGUCACUUAGAUAAGAGGACGAAGGGAGAAGUCUAUUUAAGUGAAAAGUGUUAAAAGAAUUCGGUUUAUUUUUUUGUGAUUCGUCAAAAUGAUUAGAAUUCUUACGCUCGUGGUCUUGCUGGCCGUCUCCGUCUAUGGCGGCCAAAAAUGCUGGGAUCGCAAAGAAAACAGAAAUAUUCGCGAUUUGGUGCGAAAGGUCUCGUGCAUGGAGCCCCGAAAAACACUUGUUCCUCUGCCCGUUCCUAAAGGCUUCGACAGGGUGUACCCCAGUGUAGUGGAAGUGCCCAGGUGUGCAGGGCAGAUGUGUAUUCAGCUGGACCAGGAGUGCGUGGCCACAGAGACGAAAAACAUGACCAUUACGGUGGAGGCUCACAGAUUGAACUCUCUCAUGGAACACGAGUGCGUCGAUAUUUCCGUGCAAGAAGACGUCAUGUGUGGCUGCAAUUGCGAGAGGUCACAGGAGAGCUGUGGCAUAAACAAGGUGUUCAACCGCAACUUCUGCCGCUGCGAGUGCAAGCAAGGGCUGAAGAACGAGUGCAAGAACAAGAUGGUCGAGAACCCGGGCCUCUUCAUGUGGGACGAGACCUCUUGCACUUGUCCUUGCAACAACCAGCACGUCAAGUGUGGCGACGGCCAGGUCUUCGUGCAUGAAACGUGCGAAUGUCGUUACGUGAUGGAAUCUUAAAACGAACGAGAAGUGAGAGAAAAUAAACGGUAGAGAAUUAGUAAAACGAAAGAGAGAGCGGGAAGGAGAGGGAGAAGAAAGAAGACGAGAAGAAAACGGAAAAGGAUAAAGAUAUAGAUAAUGAGGAUACGGAUAAAAACAAGAAGGGGAAGGAAGAGAAGAGACGAAGAAGAAAACGGAAGGAAAGGAGAAGUGAAGGAAAGGAAGACAGGAAGGGAGGAGGAAGGAGGAGAGAAGAAACAGAGGCAGCCAAAGAAAUUAUCUGUUUAAUAUUCAUUAUAUAUAUGUUGACUACUUACUCUUAUACUCAAUUAUUCGCCGAAUAAAAAUGAGUCUGAGAA